UCUAUUUCGCCGAGGAGUAAAACAUAACCGUCGUCUCCGUAACUAACUACCUUCAUCAUGGAGAAUAAUAACAACGCUGGUGACACGCUGCAUCCACCCGGUGCUAAACAUGACGGUGCCGCCGCCCAAGCCAACCCGUUGUCCCCGACGCGGCAUGGUCAGGCGGAGGAGGAGCAUAAGAAAGAAGAAGCCGCCGCGUCUACUCCGACAAGCCUCGAGAAACUUGCUCAAGAGAUUGACCAAUUCGCCAGGAGACUAAAAACCGAUGGAAAUGCGCACAACUUUGAGAUUCCUGAAUUCACUGAGAGAUACUUGGAUCUCGUGGAAGAGAAGAUAAUGAAAUACGACGCGGGUGAAGGUAAACCGAGAUGGGGUGAGGUGUCGGAUGAAGAUUCGUGGUUGUUAAACAAUGCGAAUAGGUUUUCAAAACUGAUGACAUUGGUGACUGGUAAUUAUCCUGAUCAUGAACCGGAGAAGAUCAGCGGUGCACAAGUCUCGAUGAUGAACCGCAUUUCCUCAAUCCACCAGCGUUUGAUGACGUAUUUGGAGGAGGACUUCCGGUUUCUGAUGGAAGAAUCAAGAAUCCCAACCGAAUUGGAUCCCGGAGGAUAUAAUCAGAACAGCAUCGAUACCAAAGGAAAACAACACAUGGCGGCAUUUGAACAACAACAAGAGGUGGCGCAAGAACAAGAUGGUUUGGAACAAGACACGAAUUUCCCGGGGUACUCCGAGGAGACAAUUACCAGCCUAAGUAAGAUCGCCAGCGAGAUGUUAUUCGGCGGCUACGAAUCGGAAUGCUGCCAGGUGUACAUCAUCUCGCGGAGGAACGCCUUCGAGGAGAUUAACCAGAAGUUAGCGUUAGAGAAAAUCAGCAUCGACGAGAUGGUGACGAAGGUGCAGUGGGAGACUAUGGCCAGGGACAUGAUCCCUGCCUGGAUCAACACGCUCAAGCAGUACGCGGGAGUGUACUUCCCCGGCGAGCGAAAGCUGACCGAGGCUGUGUUCGCAAACAACCAGGCCGUGGCGGCGGGACUCUUCAGCAGCCUCUCCCGCGGCGUUGUGAUUCAGCUUCUCAACUUCGCGGAGGGCGCCGCCAUGACGAAGCGAGCCGGAGAGAAGCUCUUCAAGCUCCUGGACAUGUACGAGAGUCUCUGCCAGGUGAUCCCCAGCGUGGCCAGACUCUUUCCAGAAGAGUCCAUUGAGGAGAUAAAGACAGAGAUGAACCUUGCCAAGUCCCGACUUGGGGAGGCAUCCAUCCACAUCUUCUGCGACCUGGAGAACCAGAUUAAAUCGGAGACAGCGAAAAACGCCGUCCCCGGUGGCGCAGUGCACCCCCUCACACGCUACAUCAUGAACUAUCUAAACAUAGCAGGGGACUACAAGGAAACCCUUGAGCAGGUUUUCAGGGAGCACACGACGAGGGACCGUUCGGGUUCCACAAGCAAGCAUGCGGAGCAGAAGAAUGAGGGAUCUUGGGACAACGAAACACCAUCUCCAUUCGCAAAACAGACGCUGAGGGUGAUGGACCUGCUAGACUCGAGCCUGGAGGGGAAGGCGCGUCUGUACAAAGAGGUGGCGCUUAGCAACUUCUUCAUGAUGAACAAUGGGAGGUACAUUCUGCAGAAGAUAAAGAGUUCUAAGGAGAUGAGCAAGGUGAUGGGCGACAACUGGAUCAGGAAGAAGUCCUCGGAGCUGAGAAACUACCACAAGAACUACCAGAGGGAGACGUGGAACAGGGUGCUGCAGUGUCUGAACCACGAAGGGUUGACCGUGAAUGGGAAGGUUCACAAGCCGGUGCUGAAGGAAAGGUUCAAGAGCUUCAACUCUUUGUUCGACGAGAUUCACAAGACGCAGAGCUCGUGGGUAGUGAAGGACGAGCAGCUGCAGUCGGAGCUGAGGGUUUCCAUCUCUGCAGUGAUUAUCCCUGCGUACCGAUCAUUCGUUGCGAGGUUCGCCCAGACUUUUGACCCGGGGAGACAGACAGAGAAGUAUAUAAAGUACCAAGCUGAAGACAUUGAGACUUACAUUGAUGAGUUGUUUGAAGGGAAGCCUCACCAGUCAAUCGGAAAAAGGAGAACAUAAUUAACCAACCUACCAAAUUCCCUCCACACAGUACAUAUCGUUUUACCCCACUUUCAUCUUUACGUUAUAUUACGUAUAUUUUUUCAAUUUUACUGUGAAGCAAAAGUAAAUAAAAGUCCAAAACAGCAGAAGAAGAAGAUGGAUGAAGAUGAUGUAUGAUGCUCAAAGGAAGUUAGUUAAAGCGUGCUGUGCGGAGCAGUGCAAUGCACGUAGCCUGCAUGUUGAAAUCAUGAACUAUUAUUUUGCUUUGGUGAUGCUCUUAUUUUAUUAGAAGAUGCAGAGUGUUCUUGUGAAUUGUUUUUGCUU